AGCAUUACGACAGUUAGCUUUCGAAACUAGUUUAUCUAUCAGACAUCUUCUCCCCUAAUCUCCAUCUCUUGAAAUCCUCAUUACACUAAAUCUGUGAAUCAAUCAAACCAUUGGAUCGAGUGUAAACGCAUGAUUCGCAGCUAAAAUCAUGGGAUUUUUCAAGAAACAAGCCUCUCCUCCUCAGCAGGAACCAAAGAGGGACCAAUCUCCCAGCAGUGGAGGCUCUGAGCCUCACUCUGAGGAAAAGGUCACUGUACUUGCCUGUGCUUUGGGAGCCGUUGCUAGCAUUGGUGGUUUCAUCUUUGGAUAUGUCAGUGGUCAGAUUUCUGGCUUCUUCUUGAUGCCAGACUAUGCCAGCCGCUUCGGAGAGCUACAGAGCGAUGGAUCAUACACUUUCGGUGCUGCCCGUCAAGGCACCAUUGUUGGUCUCCUUUGCGUUGGCGCACUGAUUGGCGCUUUGAUUGCUGGCAAGAUGGCGGACACCAUCGGCCGUCGACUCUCGAUCUCGCUGUUUUCCUUCUUCAUCUGCAUUGGAACCAUUAUCGAAAUCUCCUCCUCGCACCACUGGGUUCAGUUUGCUAUUGGCCGUCUUGUCACUGGUCUUAGCAUUGGAGCACUGUCUGUUGUUGUUCCCAUGUACCAGUCGGAAAGUACCCCAGCUGUCAUCCGCGGUGUCAUCAUAUCCUCGUACCAGCUGCUCAUUACCCUGGGUAUCUGGACAGCUGAAAUGGUCAACUGGGGAACUGAGACAAAGGCUUCUAGCGCCGCAUGGAGAAUCCCCAACGGUCUCUCCUUUGCUUGGGCCCUGGUUCUUGGAGCUGGCAUUCUGUUCCUUCCUGAAAGUCCUCGAUAUGCCUACAGCCGUGGCCGAGUCGAUGAGGCCCGACAGACUAUUGCACGACUCGCCGGUCUCUCAGUCGACUCGGAAAUCGUCAACCACCAGAUCGCUGACAUUCAAGCAAAGAUUGAUGAGGAGAGUCAGAACGUGGCAGAGUUCCGCUGGACUGAGAUUUUCACUGCCCCUCGUAUGCUCUAUCGCACAAUCCUGGGAGUUGUUCUCGGUGGAGGCCAGCAGCUGACCGGUGCCAACUUCUUCUUCUACUUCGGUACCACCGUCUUUGCCGCCACUGGUAUUAGCAACAGCUACACGACACAGAUUAUUCUCGGAUCGGUCAAUGUCUUCUGCACAAUCAUCGGCCUCUGGAUUAUUGGCCGCUUCGGUCGACGAGUCAUCCUCAUGACUGGUGCCACGUGGAUGAUGAUGUGCUUCCUUGUGUAUGCGUUCGUCGGCCACUUCGCUCUCGACCGCGAAAACCCCAUGAACACCCCCAAGGCCGGAUCUGCUCUGGUUACAUUCUCCUGUCUUGCCAUUGCCGCUUUCGCCGUCAGCUGGGGACCGCUGGUUUGGACUGUUAAUGCAGAGCUGUACCCAGCUCGAUACCGAAGUCUCUGCAUGGGUAUUGCCACUGCUUCUAACUGGUUCUGGAACUUUUUGAUUUCAUUCUUCACUCGAUUUAUCACCGACGACAUUGACUAUUUCUACGGUCUCAUCUUUGCUGGAUGCUGUGCAGCACUCGUGCUCGUCGUAUUCUUCUUCGUUAUCGAAUCCAAGGAUCGAACCCUCGAAGAGAUCGACAUGAUGUACGUUCAGCACGUGAACCCCAUCACGUCAAGCCGAUGGGACGCUGCCAAGUACCGCAACGAAUUGAGAAGGGCCAGCGAUGCAAGAGACCACAUGGUUCAUGAAGCUGAGAAAUAAAGGCGUGUAAUCCAAUCCAUCAUACUGAUUCACUGUCUUAUUAGACAGUGGUCAGACUGUCACAUAAUGUAAUCUGAAACGAGAGACGAUAUGUACGGUAUAGGAGAUUUGAGGGUGGUGGAUAGCAUGUAGCAUAGCGUGUAAAAUAGCGUGUAAAACAACAUACAUACAAUUGUCGAUUUAUUUCC